GGUAGGAAAGGAAGAUACCAAAACCUCUCCACGAAUGAGAGAUAAAGAACCCAAAUUUGUUGUGCAGUUCCCUACCUGACUAAGCUUUGGCAACCCCAAACAUAAAACUCGGAAAUAAACCCUCAUGGGUUGAUUUUUGAACUCCAUUAUUGAUAUAUAUCCAUCUCCAUGCCGUCCCACGAUCACGUGGCCGAACGCCAGCACCAUAGACCAAUCAGAAGAAGAUUGGUGAACACUCACCACAGCGGCAAAACACACCCUCUAAUCUGGCUAGCAGCCAUUCUCUGCACCAUCAUAGCCAUAGGAGUGGUGAUAGCCGGCAUAGUAGUGUUCGUGGGUUACAUGGUGAUCCACCCUAGAAUCCCAGUUAUGAGCAUCACCAACGCCCACCUCGAUCUUCUCAGCAACGACUAUGCAGGGCUCCUCCAGACGCAGCUCACCAUCAUCGUCGUGGCUCAGAACGGCAACGCCAAGGCCCAUGCAACCUUCUCCGACAUUAGGUUUAACCUCAGCUACCAGGGACAGAGAAUUGCGCUCAUGCGCGCUCCGCCGUUCGAUGUCCCCAAGAACAGCUCCAAGUCACUCAACUACGUUGUUCGGGCGGCUUCCAUUCCCUUAACUCCCCAACAGAUGGAGGAGGUGGACGAGUCGUGGAAGCGUGACGUCAUUGGCUUUGACUUGAAGGGCAGCGCCAGGACUCGGUGGAGGGUUGGCCCUUUAGGUUCUGUUAAGUUCUGGUGCAAUUUGGAGUGUCAGCUCAAGUUUCAUCCUUCUAAUGGCUCUUACAUUCAUCACUCUCGCUGCACCUCUAAGUCUAAAUGAUUCUUUCUUAUUCGACCAGAGAUUUCAUUCCUCCUCUAAUUAUUUUCUCCCAUUUUGUCAUGUAAACAACAAAAGUAAAAAUUGGACAAGAGUUUCUAUACCUUCUUCAUA